AUGUUGCUGGAGCAUUUGUUAGCUGGUGAGCCUGUAACACCAGAGAUUAGUCUGGGUGCAGCAGUCACACGCCUAAGUAACAAGCAUCAGUUUCCAUCAUUUCUACGGACAAUGCCAAGUGAUACAUUUCAAUACCCAGUACUAGCUCAUUUGGUUACAUACUUUAGUUGGACCUGGAUAGGGAUAAUUGCUUCAGAUAAUGAAUAUGGUCUUCAGGGUAGUCAGGACUUGAAAAUGACACUUAGCCAUAGAGGAGUAUGUGUUGCUUUCACAGUAAUAAUUUCAGUAAACUUCUCAAAGAAACAGUUGCUACAGAUCACAGAUAUAAUCAGAAAGUCCACUGUGACUGUUAUUGUUAUCUAUGCAACCCGAACCGAGCUGAUGCCCUUAAUGGCUGAAAUUGGCAGUCAAAAUAUUACAGAUAAAACCUGGGUGGCCACGAUCAGUUGGAUAAUCUCUCCUGUUUUCUCCAAUAAAGCAGCAUGGAAAACACUUGAUGGAACAUUUGGUCUUGCUGUCCACAGAGGACUGAUUCCUGGUUUCAAAGAAUUUAUUCAGGCACUACACCCUUCCACAUUUCCUGAUGACAUUUUUUUUAAGUCAUUUUGGGAGGAAGCCUUUGACUGCUAUUGGGCAGCUGAAGAUAAUUUUAUGGAGUCAGGCAACAUAAACCAAACACUUUCACUUUGCAAAGGAACAGAAAACAUGAAGGACUAUGAAGUCUCUAAAUUUAAUUUAUUUGAUUUCAGAUAUGGCUAUAAUACCUAUAAAGCAACACUUGCAAUUGCACAUGGAUUACAUGAUCUCAUUUCCUGUGAAACAAAUAGUGGGCCUUUUGCUAAUGGAACUUGUGCAAAUACUGAUCACAUAAAUCCAUGGCAGGAACUUGCACUAGCACUAUGUGCAGCAAUGACUAAAACUACACCUAAUACUCACAAGCCAAGUACAGGUCUACCAUCAAUGCAGCAGGACCUCCCUCCACCAACCACAUCACAGGAGGAUCUUCCAGGUGUUUCUCUCAGUGGAACUGUGGGCACUGCGCCACCUAAUGCCAGUAUGUCAUCUGAGUUUGACAAUGAUGGUGGCCAAAGUGAGGCACAGUCUGGAUGGGCAGAAGUUGAAUCUGACACAGAGAUUGUCAUUCAGCCAUCCCCUAUACUGAUGUUUGAUACAGCCAGAAGACCUAUGCCUACACAGUCCACUGGGCCCACAGAAGUUGGACAGGUUCACUUUGAUGACAUUCAUUGGGGGGUAUGCAUAAAAGCUUUAGAUUCAGCAGAACAUGUUACUGAAAAACGUCAGGGAGACCAUGCAGCAUUACAGGAAACUCUUGAACAGCAGUUACAGUAUAAAGAAAAUAAAUUAACUGAGCUGACAGAGGCUGACUUCUUGCAUACAACAGCUGAGCUUAAGAAAACAUUGCAAAGGAGCAAGAAACUACAGCUGAUCUGUACAAAAAAGGCAUAUUUUACAAUAUACUUGCGUUUUGAAAAUGGUUACGCAUACAUCUCAGGAUCUGAUCUCCUCCAUUAUGUAAAAAAUGUACUUUUUGAAGAUACAACAGGUGAAAAGGUAUUUUUUGAUGCAAAUGGGGACUGUCCUGCAAUAUAUAACAUAUUAAACUGGCAGGUAUCAACAGAUGGAAAAACGUUCAAGUAUGUACAUAUUGGAUACUUUGACUCCCGUGCUCCCUUGGGACAAAACUUCUUUAUUAAUACUAGUUUAAUUUUGUGGAAUGGAGGCAAUUUUCAGAUUCCUCAUUCUGUUUGCAGUGAGUCCUGUCAUUCUGGAUUUAGGAAAGCUGCCCUCAGGGAAUGGCCACUCUGUUGUUUUGACUGCAUCCCAUGUCCUAAAGGAGAGGUAUCCAACCAGUCUGGUGCAAAUAACUGCUUCAGAUGCCCAGAGGAUCAGUGGUCUAAUGCUGAACAGAAUAUGUGCAUCCAGAAGUCUAUGGAUUAUCUGUCUUAUGAAGAAGCUUUGGGUACAAGUUUGACUAGUUGCACAGUUUUCUUCUCUUUAUUUACUGCAUCUAUAUUCUGUACUUUCAUUAAGUAUCGGGACACACCAGUUGUGAAAGCCAACAACCGUGAACUCAGCUACAUCAUUCUUAGUUCCCUGUUUCUUUGCUUCCUUUGCCCCUUGCUGUUCAUAGGACAGCCCCAGAAAGUCACAUGUUUGCUUCGUCAGACUAGUUUUGGAAUAAUAUUCUCUUUAUGUGUUUCUGGAAUACUGGCCAAAACUAUUACUGUUGUUAUUGCCUUUAAAGCCACAAAGCCUGACAGCAUUUUAAGACAUUAUAUUGGACCCAAAACUCCCUACUGCAUUGUGUUGUUUGGCACCAUGCAGCAAGCUGUAAUAUCCAUAAUAUGGUUGGUAAUGUCUCACCCAUAUCCUGAAAUGAACAUGAAGGCUGAGGAAGGCAAGAUUAUACUGGAGUGCAAAGAGGGUUCAGUAAUUAUGUUUUACUGCAUGUUGGGAUAUCUGGGUCUAUUGUCCAGUGUCAGUUUUGUAAUGGCAUUUCUAGCAAGAACUUUGCCAGACCGUUUUAACGAAGCUAAAUUUAUUAGUUUCAGUAUGAUUGUGUUUGUUAGUGUCUGGCUAUCUUUCAUACCAGCUUAUCUAAGCACAAAAGGAAAGUACAUGGUGGCUGUGGAGAUAUUUGCUAUUGUGACAUCUGGUGCUGGCAUAAUUAUUUGUAUAUUUUGCCCAAAGUGCUAUGUUAUUAUUCUGAGGCCUCAAAUAAAUACAAAGGGAUACCUAACAGGAAAUGUGAAGUUCUCUUCAAAAUAA